GAACGACGUCCGUGAACGAGACGAACGACCCUCAAACCCACAGCCCACCCCAUUUCCAGGACCCGACAUUGCUUACCGUCGUCUGUAGCUCGCGGGGUAAUUUGCUGACCAGAUUGAAGGUGACGACUGGCAGAUUUUCCAAUAGCUUGAGGUAUCCUCUGGAAGCUUUCGAAGUUUUCUGAACAAGCUGUUCAUAUUCCCAUCUCCCCUCUCCAACAAGAAUUAAACCACAAAAUGGCCGCCCCUCAACGUGUCAUCUCUUGCGAGACUCCUGCUCACGACCAUGUCGAGCGCUGUGGCUAUCUGUUUGGAUGGCCCAUCAACCAUUCAAUGUCGCCCUUGAUGCACAAGACCAUCUUCGGCGAGAUUGGAUGCGAUUGGGAGCAAUUCUUCCUGCCAUCGACCGAUAUGUCCAUGUUCCUCUCUUUGGUUCGCGAGGUCAAAUUCUUUGGCGCCGCCGUUACCAUGCCCCACAAGGUGGCUAUCAUGAAGUACGUGGACGAGCUCACACAAGAAGGCCGUGAGGUUGGUGCAGUCAACACACUCUACCUCCGCAAGAACGGCGACAAAACUAUCCUCGUUGGCACAAACACAGACGUCAUUGGCAUCCGCGAGGCCUUUUACCAAAACAUCUCGAAUCCCGAUGAGGUAUUCCACGGCCGGCCAGGUAUGGUCAUUGGUGGAGGUGGUGCCGCUCGCAGUGCCGUUUACGCUUUGAAGAAGUUCAUGAAGUGCAGCAAGGUGUACAUCGUCAACCGCGACAAGGCUGAGGUUGACGCUGUCGUAUCGUGGUGUUCGGAGCAAGGUUACGGCGACGGUGUCAUGCACGCCGCAACCGUAGAGCAAGCACAAGAGCUCGAAGGUCCAGGUGCCAUCGUCUCCUGCGUUCCUGACUUCCCUCCCGUCACCGAAGCCGAACAGACCGCUCGCAAGGUCAUGGAGGUGUUCCUUGCAAAGCCUCACAAGGGUGCCAUCCUAGAGAUGUGCUAUCACCCCAACCCCUGGACUCAGAUCGCCGAGAUCUCGCAGAAUGCUGGCUGGAACGUCAUUUUGGGAACAGAGGCCAUGAUUUAUCAAGGUCUUGAGCAGUCAAUGUACUGGACUGGAAAGACCUUGGAUCAGUUGCCUGUCGCAAAGGUUAAGGAGGUUAUUGCCGCGCAGCUGAAGAGUGGUCAUUGAUGGAGAUGAGGCCGGAUCCAGUCGAUGUUCGAGGAGAUAGAUGUCUGUCGGGAAGACAAAAUUCAUGUAAAUACCAUAUCUACGACAAUACCACUACAGAGUAUUUUUGAACACA